AUGACCUAUAUUUUUACUUCAUAUUUCUAUCUUUUAGUAUUUGUUACGAACAUUUUCAACUUUCAAACCUCUUUCUGUGACCUCGAAGCAGAUGAGGCAUUGAUAACAGAUAUAUGUGAACAAGUACAGGAUCUCACAUUUUGUUUAACCAUUUUCAGACAACUUUUACCUACUCAUCCAUACAACCCUGAGGAAGUAACGAGAACUGCUAUCAGCCUAUCAUUACAAUAUGCUAACUACAAUCAUGACUUCAUAAUAAAAGCUAAAGCAGAAGCAAAAGACAGACUGACCCAAGACUUGUACGCCAUUUGUGAUACUGGCUAUGGAUUAUUGAUAAGCGAGCUUCAGGAUUCUAUUCAAUCAUUAGCCAACAAGGAUUAUAGUGGGUUGGAAAACUCACUUUCGAAAUGUCCUAGAUUCGUGAGCGACUGUCAGAAUGCACUUGGUGAUAUGACAACGCCUCAAAUUUUAGAUGGAAGUAAGAAACUAGCUGAUAUUGUAUCAAUGUCAAUAAUUGCUGAAGGUCUCAUUCAGAAAUAG